UGGACACGUUCACCUCUUAGAUAUCACUACGUCUCUGAAUUGUGAAUAGCAAGCACGCACCAAAAUAGUGUGAUACAUGGCUGCAACCAAUGCGUCAAUCUUUGCGUCUUCCACGCAACCAUGCUUGCCCGUACCUCCUAGCAUUUCAAACACGCUUGCUAGUCCUUUUCUCAAUGUGUCAUUACCGAGAUGUUACCUUGAUAAGAAAAGGCAUGUGAAAUUUAGCCAAAAAAUCAGUGCUGCUGCUGUUGCAACAACAACAACAACAAAUGAGGAAAUUCAAGAGUACAAGCUUCCUUCAUGGGCUGUGUUUGAAAUUGGGAGGGCUCCUGUCUAUUGGAAAACCAUGAAUGGCCUCCCUCCUACUUCAGGAGAAAAGCUAAAACUUUUCUAUAAUCCAGAUGCAGCUCAACUUGCCCCUAGUGAAGAAUUUGGAAUUGCUUUUAAUGGAGGUUUUAAUCAGCCAAUUAUGUGUGGUGGUGAGCCAAGGGCAAUGCUUAGAAAAGAUCGAGGCAAAGCUGAUGCCCCAAUAUAUACCAUUCAAAUAUGCAUUCCUAAGCAUGCUGUGAACUUGAUCUUCUCAUUUACAAAUGGAGUAGACUGGGAUGGUCCAUAUAGACUGCAAUUUCAAGUUCCCAAGCCUUUCCAGAACAAGGCAAUUGACUUCUUUAAUAAGGGCUUGGCAGAGGAACUGAGUAAAGAAGGAGCAUGUGAGAAAGCAAUAUUUCCAGACACAACUAAAGUUAUAACCAGAUGUGCCAUGAUUGGUAAUUUGUCAAAAGAAGGGGGUGAUCGUUGCGAACUGAAUCUUGUUCCAGGAUGCACAGAUCCUAGUUCGCACCUGUACAACCCACUAGCCAAUGUAGAUGAUGGAACAUGUCCAAUUGAUUUGGAUUCUGAGUCUGAGGAAUAGAAUUAUACUUUGCAUAAAUAAUCAUUAUCAUACUGAUGUUGGUUUUAAGUACAUAGUGUAUAUUGUAAAUUCCACUCUAUACAUUGAACAUUGGCAAGAGCUGGCCUUGAGGUAGUAAUUAAAAAACAUUGGUCCUGCUACUUUUUUUUUUU